UGACGGCAUCACUCCUCGACAGGAUAAGCAGCUAGCUGACGGACGAACCGGAGCAGCCACCGUCACCUGUCCGCCACCGGGAUCACCUCCACGGGAAAGAUCUUUGGGUCUCCCCCCCCCCCUCAGUGAAGACAGAGAGGUCCGAGCCUCCGUCACCAUGACGACCGACAACAAGCGCCUCGCCUUCUCCAUCAUCCAGUUCCUCCACGACCAGCUGCGCUCCGGGGACCUGACGUCCAGCGCCCAGGAGAGUCUGGAGGUUGCUGUCCAGUGUCUGGAGACGGCGUUCGACGUGUCCACCGAUGAUCAGAGCCUCGCCGUCCCGCUGACGUUACCGGAGAUCUUCGCCUCCGCCACAGCCAAGUUUCCAGCUCAGUCGCAGGUCAACAACAACUCCACCUCAAACUCCAUCAGUGAGGACCAGAGAGACGAGGCUGAGAGACUGAAGACGGACGGUAACGACCAAAUGAAGGUCGACAACUUUGCAGCUGCUGUGGAGUUUUACUCGAAGGCCAUCGCCAUCAACCAUCAGAACGCCGUCUACUUCUGCAACAGAGCGGCAGCGUACAGUAAACUGGGGAACUACGCUGGAGCCGUGCAGGACUGUGAGCAGGCCAUCGGCAUCGACCCCAGCUACAGCAAAGCCUACGGGCGGAUGGGUUUGGCUCUGGCGAGUCUCAACAAACACACAGAAGCAGCGACUUUCUAUAAAAAAGCUCUGGAGCUCGACCCCGACAACGACACGUACAAAACCAACCUGAAGAUCGCAGAGGAGAAGAUGGAUACGUCCAGUCCGACGGCAGGGAUGGGCGGAGUCGACCUGGCUGGGCUGCUCAGUAACCCCGGCUUCAUGAACAUGGCGUCGUCUCUGAUGAACAACCCUCAGGUUCAGCAAAUGAUGUCGGGGAUGAUGUCUGGAGCGUACGGCGGGAUGGGGGGAGGCGGAGCAGGAGGCGGAGCAGGAGGCGGGGCAGGAGUUGGUCCAGGAGUUGGAGUUGGAGCAGGAGUUAGUCCAGGAGUUGGAGCAGGAGUUGACGCAGGAGUCGGAGCAGGAGUCGGAGCAGGAGUCGGAGCAGGAGGCGUAGCAGGAGCUGCAGUCCCUGGAGCAGCUGGAUCUGGAGAUCUAUCAGGACUGAUCCAGGCAGGUCAGCAGUUCGCUCAGCAGAUGCAGCAGCAGAACCCCGAACUCAUCGAGCAGCUGAGGAGUCAAAUCCGUAACCGAACGCCCAGCACAGGAGCCGAGGAGCAGCCGUGACAUCACACACGGUCGUGAGAUUCUGGAGGAGACGAGCAGAACCUUUUUUUUUUCUUUCUGAUCUGGAUCAAUAACGCUUGAAGGACUUGAAAGAGUUUUGUUUUUUCGUCAGUGAAUAAUAUCUGCAUGAGAGGUGUGGGGGGGAAGGGGGGGGGCUCAUUCAGGAGCCACGUCACCAAAAACAACGGCCACUUCCUGUGGCGCUGAGUUUUUUAUGAAGAACUAUGUGACUCAACACUCUGACAUCAAACAUUCAAAUCUAAUAAACUAAGCUCUGACAACAACAA